AUGAUUGUGCAAUCGCCAUGCAGCACUGCGCUGGUGAAGCAGUUCUUGUGCGAGAGAGUGCCGGGUGUCUCCUUUGUUCGGUCAUUCAACGAUCAAAUCACCUUCUUCAUUCAAGCGAAUAUGGUCGCACAAGGGGUACGAUAUAAAAAAAAAAUAAAAAUUUUUAUACUUAUACAAAAUAUCCCAAAAAAUACCUACAGUAUCAAAAAAAAUCCAAGGGAGUCCACUCAUGAUUUAAUAUUUGGGGGGGGGGGGGGGGGGGGGGGGGGGGGGGGGGGGUGUAAAUAG